GAACGCGCUUGUUCGUUUUUUUUUAGUAACGAAUACCUACUUAUUUUAGAGCGAAAUAGAACUAGGGAUAUAUAUUUUUUUGGAAUUCGUAAUAAAACCAGUGUUUAUGUGACUUUAUGAUUAAGAAGUGCUUGAAAUGGAAAAUAUAUUGAAGUGUGGUAGUACCGUUAUUGAAAUAGAAGAAACAAAAACGCAAGGGUUGCAUCUCCUAUUACGAUGACCAUGAGUGACUGGCAUUGCAAACAUGAUCGCCAACCUGCCGCUGCUGUUUGCCAACGGUAACCCAAUCUCUCUGUCUAAGAUCACUGCCACAAACUUGGAGAAAUUCAUAACAUUCAUGGUAACAUGUUCAUGGGGUCAUGACACUGCCAAAGACAUUAAGCAGCCGCCUUGGUGGCCAAAAAAUGUAGUAUUUAGCCAUCCUUUUGUGAGGCCUUUCAAGAUACCUCAAGAUUGGGAAGCAAGACUCAAAAAAUUGGUGAAGUCUUGUUAUGACUAUCAUAAAAGUGCAUUCCUGUUAAUGUUCUCUGCUCAUUUAUCGCGAUAUCCCCGUAAUAUACUCACGUAUGUUGAUAAUAAUGAUCAAACAACGUCUCUCUAUCAUCGCCCAACUGGACGGCUCUUAGUAACAUUUAGAAAUGAGAAUUUACUGUAUGACAAAACUUGUGAGACACAAGUAACUGAAGAAAAUUCAAAACCAGCAGAUAUCUAUUUAUGUGAUACUUGUGAUAGUCACUUUGAUGAUAUAGAUGUGCUACAGGCCCAUGAGAGGCUUUGCAACAGUGAUGCUUAUAAAGGUGAAUGCUGUGGUGGAAUUGAAGAUUUUCUUUCUGCCUUGAAGUUAAAGCCAAUUAAUGAGUCACUUAGUGUCAAAACUUUGAACAAUAAUGUUAAUGAUAAUAAAUCAAGGAAUGUCCGUUGUGUUGCAAAUAUAGACCGUGGACCUCCUUAUCCAUUUUCAUCUUUGGCUUACAUGAAGAAUGCCAAAAUUAAUACUCAGAGGGAUACAACUUAUUCUCGAGAAAGAAUAGAGAGGUAUUGUUGCACUCCAUUAAAUAGUAAAAAUGUAGCUAGUAAAGAAAAAAGGCAAAAUUUUCCUGUAAAAUACCGUCGGCCUAUUGAUUAUUGGCAUAGAAAACAUGUUUUCCCAGAUCAGCGAAAAAAAAGGAUUCUGGAUGUAACAGCACAACUCUUGCUUUUAAAGUGUAAGCCAAUUUGGGUUGAUGUGGAGCGGAUGUCUUUAAGAGAAAUGCAAGAAUAUAUUGACCAACUUAAACUGGAUGCAGAAAAUAGAAAAGCUAAGGAACAAGAGGUGGUUUUUGUUGAUCCAGACCAAGACACUUUAGAACCAGACCUAAAAAUCGGUGAUCCUUUGAAGAAAGUAAAUGGAACUGUUUGUGAAGUGAUUGACCUGUGUUCAGACGAUGAAGACUCUUCUAGUGCUAAUGAAAACUGUGAUCCUCGUGCAGGUGUGACAUGUGUAAUGAGAGGAGGAGCAGUAUUGAGGAGAAAUGCAGCCACUCCGAAUGCUCUUCCAGCAGAACCCAGUGGUGCUCGGGACAAACCCAUACCACUUAUAUUACAGCCACAUCCUGUCAUUCUUAUCACACAUUCAUCAAACAAACUACAGACUAUUACAUUAGAUUGACUGCAUGUAUUAAUCAAUUACUUAAUAUUAAGUACUAUUAUUUAUUGUAUUCAUGAUUAAAUUUUACUGUUCUAAUACUCAAAA